AUGGCAUCGGCUCUUCCAUAUGCGCCUCCAAGUCGCAAGGCCAAUUCUACCAAUAUGUCGAUGCAAGCACUUCGUCCAACCACGCGGGGUACAAUUGGGAGUGCAACGACAAGUUCCAACGGGAGUUUUCAAAGAAGGACCUCCUUAUCUUCAUUCCCAUCAUCUCGUUCUCCUUCAGUCAUGUCACAACGUCGGCCUUCACGAAGUCCGAAUCCUCCACCAAUAGACACGGAUCGCAGGUCUGAUCCAAGUACUGUCAAUUCGAAAACUCCUACCAGCGGGGUAUCGUCUCAACAUUCUUCGUUAUCUGCCCCAAAUAAAUAUCACCCAGGUGCACACCCUGCGAGAAAGUUGAGGUCACAAUAUCCUCGAGGGGAUACCGAGAACCAUGUCGAAUAUAUACUGGUGGCGUCGUUCGAUAUUGAUAAGGGACCUAUCAUGGAACAUCAAUAUCCUGUCGCAAUAACAGGAGAUGAGCAUAUGUUGGCAGAAUUAAUGUUACCGGAUCAAGCCCAUGUUCGAAACCAGGAUUGGACGAUAUUCUUCUUACAUAAAGAUACAAGUCAGGAUGAAGAAGAGGCAGAGGAGAAGGCAGAAAGAAGAAGAUUACGACGGGCGAAGAAAGAAGCCAAGGCGGCACUUUUUGAAAAUGGAAACGUUGACCUUUUGGAAAGUGUGGAGGAUAGUGAGGAGGAAUCGGAAGAUGAUGAGCCAGAAGGAGGCGAAGGUCCACCUCUGAUAUAUGUGUUGAACCUUGUCAACACUAAACAAGAUAAGACUGCCAAAAGAGGAGCUGUAGUGAAAGCCAUGGCUAUAUGUACUCGACAUCCAUUUCUGCACAUUUAUAAGCCACUUCUACUAUUAGCCCUUGAAGAAUAUUUUAAAACACCUCAACCGUCUACGCUGGCAGAGUUAUACGAGGCAGUGAAUACAAUGGAUCUAUCAUUAAUGCCCAGGCUGAGCAUACUUGAACGUCAUCUUCUACAAGCAAGCGACAACAAAGAUCUGUUUGUAGAAAAGUUUGAGCAAAUGCUUCAGAUGCGCAUGGCAGAGGACCAAGGCGAAGCGCUGGUCGAUAUAACAGCCAUGUCCGAAAGCCCAGAAAGGAGACCGUCGAGACCUGGUCUGCUACGAAAUGGUACAAAAGCACAUGUUCAACAACUCAUACACUCGAGCUACUCCGUACCUCGAGACACACACGAAUUCGAGACCAAAGUUACGUAUAAUGGAAUUCCGAUACCCAUCAAGGUUCCUGUUGCAGUAUCUCCCGAGACUGUUGGAGAUUUCUCCCUCGUAAAGCUUAUACAAACCUACAACGACCCCCACGUUAAAUCACCAAUCCCAUUUACGCUACAUCCACACCUCACAACAGGAGGGAUACAUACUCAUCCCAUCAUUGUAUUAGUCAAUGCUAUAAUAACUCAAAAGCGUGUCAUAUUCCUUGGCCACAAUCGUCCAUCAGGUGAAGUCGCCGAGGCCGUUCUUGCAGCCUGCGCUUUAGUAUCUGGGGGGGUUCUGCGUGGAUUUACUCGCCAUGCAUUUCCAUAUACUGAUCUCAGCAAGAUUGAUGACCUUUUGAAAGUGCCAGGGUUCAUAGCAGGUGUAACAAAUCCAACAUUCGAAAAUCAUCCGGAAUGGUGGGAUGUACUAUGUGAUAUACCCUCAGGACGAAUGAAGAUCAGUAGUCGGAUCGAACAAGCUCCACUCACAGAAGGACUUGCUAAUUUCCAGCAACAAAAUCCAGCUUACGCCAGUGCCACAAAUGUUGCAACAUCAACUAGUCAAGCCGCCAGUGAUCCAACGGGCGAUUCCGCAUUCAUGAAUGAUGUGAUUCGUAGUAUUGCAGCUCGACAUGGCGAAGGUGUCAUCCGAACCAAGUGGCGAGACUGGGUGGUAAAAUUCACCAGAAUUUCAGCUCAAUUCGAAGAGAGCGUUUACGGCGCGAGUGCUUUGUACAUUGGCGUAGAAAAAGCAGAGCCUGGCAACGAGAAUGUCAGUGGCCAUGGGUAUGUUUGGCCUGAUGAGAAUGCGAAGUUACGCGAGCUUGCUAGUAAUGUAAAUCGAAUUGAGGGCUGGAGAGCUACUCGAAGUUAUUACAGUUUUAAGCAGGAUCUUGCGCAACUCUAUAAUUUUCGACCUCUCAAAUCCCUCGAUCUCCAUCAUCUGCACGAUCGUCUUCGGAUGACAAAACUUACGCCCAAUACCAGCCGUGAUAUAUAUGUUGCCAUGGAGAAAUACACACAUUCCUACGAUGAAAUAUGUCAGCUCCUAGCAGUCGCACCUGAAUCCCACGCAGGGCUCUUUUAUAUUGCCCUCGGACUUUUCCACAAAGAACGAGAUGUUCGGAUGAGAGUAGUUGAUUUAUUGGAGAGAAUCAGUGAACAUGAGGCUGGACGACAUUGGUGGAAAGCUUUAAGUCGAUUUGAGAAAUUAGCUUUCAUCCGCAUCAAGAGAGAAGCAGAAGCUGAGAUGAGAGCCAAGUUGGCAGGUGGGGAGAGAGAUGUUUCGGGUGAUAGUGAUGGAAUGGUUAUGGGAAGACGAAUCAGUUGA